UCCUCCGAAGCUCGCGCCAGCCCCAUGACUGCCGCGAAAACGGGAGCGCGCCUGGCUUGCCGCUGAGCCCAAGCCUGCCACUGGUGCCCUGGCUGCGAGCGUAUUGCUCUCUCCUCCAUCGCCAGCCAGCCAGGCAAGCAGGCGGGGCGGUGAGCGAGCGGCGAGCCGGUGCCAGGGCUGCCAUGCACAGCUAGCCUUUCACUUGCCUCGCACACCACCCUUGCGCCACUGCCUCCGCUAAGGCUGCCCCUGCACGGCGCGCCCUCCUUGCCGGGCAGCGCGGGCUGGCUCCCUUCCCCUUCUCCUAAGCACCCCCGGCCCGCCAGUGCAAUAAACUUUUCGCUUCAGACAGAGCGACCAGCAGAGCGGCGGGUCUUGCCCCGGGGUCGCUCCCAGGAUGGAACAGGGCGCGUAUGGAGCUGGCAAAGCCGGGGGCGCCUUUGAUCCUCAGACCUUCAUCCGGCAACCUCACACGAUCCUCCGGAUGGUUUCUUGGCUCUUCUCCAUCGUUGUGUUUGGCGGCAUUGUGAACGAAGGCUACGUCAACCGGCCGGAUGAAAAGGAAGAGUACUGCAUCUUCAAUCGCAACCAGAACGCCUGCAACUAUGGCAUCACCGUGGGAGUCCUUGCCUUCCUCAGCUGCCUUCUUUACCUGGCGCUUGAUGUCUACUUUCCACAGAUCAGCAGCGUCAAGGACCGCAAGAAAGCUGUGCUCUCUGAUAUUGGUGUUUCUGGCUUGUGGGCCUUCCUCUGGUUUGUCAGUUUUUGUUUCCUGGCUGACCAAUGGCGUGUUUCAAAGAAAGAAAACAACCCAUUGAACGAAGGAGCAGAUGCCGCCCGAGCAGCCAUUACGUUCUCUCUCUUUUCCGUCUUCACCUGGGUGGGCCAGUCGUUCCUGGCAUUCCAGCGAUACCAGCUUGGCGCCGACUCAGCCCUCUUCUCCCAGGACUACACGGACCCGAGCCAGGAGGCUGGCAUGCCUUACGCUCCCUACACAAACGAGGAUGACACUAUAGAUAGCAUGGGGACGUACCAGCAGGCCCCUUCGGCAGAUGCAUUUGAUGCUGAGGCACAGGGGUACCAAGCCCAGGACUACUGAGAGCUGGUGGAGCCCUCCCCCCUCCCUCCCCCUCUGCCCGCUCCCCUCUGCCACCAACAAGCCAAGGUGCAAAACAAGACACAGGUGCAUCAGAGCCAGAGGGGGCUCUUGGCCGCUCUCCAGCCUUCUAGGGUCUCUGUUUUUAUUUCUUU